AUGAAGAGCAUGAGCAAAAUAUUCCAAAGCUUUGAAAACUAAUUAGCCCAGUUCGGGCGAAACCACAUUGGCACUUAUUAAGCAGUAGACAUGGAAUUAAUGUAUACAUCCUAGAGACUCCAGCAAGCUCUUAGUAACAGCUCCUAACAAAUGAAUAAUCUAUAAGGGGAUGAACUUGUCCUACAUGAGAUGGAGUCACAGCAUAAUAACUAUUGCCUAGUACCCUUUAACAACUAAAACGCUAUGAGAAAUAGAUUCAUUCAAUACAACUCCAAAUUCUGA